AUCCACUGCAAGACAUGUGCGGCGGCUCGCGGCCCCUGCAGUGUCGAGUCCCUUCCUUUUCUUUCUUUCUCCGCACGGCUGCUUCAUUUGACUCCCUCCCCCUCCCCUCCCCUCCCUCUUCCCCACUCAUCCAAAGCCCUAAACCCUACCCCGCGCCGCUGCCCGGGCCAGCCCAUCCACCCCGCCUCCGCUCGGCGCCGCGUCCCUCUCCUGGAUUAUACCCUAAGGCAUGAACUUGGCCUUCCCACCUGGAAAGUGAGAAGAUGGCUGCACGAGCAAUCGCUAGGAGAAGGAAAUAUCUUUUGGAACAUAUUAACACACCUAUCCUCUCAUCUUCCUCUACCUUCCAACAUGGAGGAAUUGGUUUGGGGGCUGAGCCAAGAACAGCACAGCGGUUUCUGGAGCAAAUCUCUGGGGACUCAAAAUCUGAGAAGGGGCAAUGUAGUGUGAAUUUGACUAAGAGGAACUUGGCAGGCCUUGCUAAUGGGUUUCUGCGAUGCCCAGCUCAUGGGAUAUCUCUUUCUUAUUGUGGAAUUGGAAAGAAUGACUUCAGGUUGCCGUUGGGAGCUAGAUCUAUGCUGCAGUCAUUCCACACAUCAUCAACUGCAACUGCAGGGCAACCUAAGUUGGAUAUUGAUGAUGAACAUAGUGAGGAUCAAAAGCAAAAUACAAAGAAAAAAGAGGCAUCCCCAGAAGAAUGUGAUCAAGCUGUGGAAGGUCUUAGCACUGCAAAAGCUAAAGCCAAAGCUAAGCAGGUACCAGAAUCUCUGAAGGCUAGCCAAUCAGUCAUACAGAAAUUCUGGGCAAGGCUUCUGGGUAUUGGCCCUGCUCUGCGAGCUAUUGCUUCUAUGAGCAGGGCUGAUUGGGCUGCAAAGCUUAAGCAUUGGAAGGAUGAAUUUGUUUCUACACUGCAGCAUUAUUGGUUAGGGACAAAACUACUCUGGGCGGAUGUUAGGAUCUCAUCAAGAUUGCUGGUGAAACUUGCUGGUGGAAAAGGCCUUUCUAGAAGAGAGAGACGACAGCUGACACGCACAACAGCUGAUAUCUUCAGGCUGGUACCAUUUGCUGUGUUCAUAAUUGUUCCUUUCAUGGAAUUCUUGCUGCCAGUGUUCCUCAAGUUAUUUCCAAACAUGCUGCCAUCAACUUUCCAGGACAAAAUGAAAGAAGAGGAAGCAUUGAAAAGGAAACUAAAAGCAAGGAUGGAAUAUGCAAAAUUUUUGCAAGAUACAGCAAAAGAAAUGGCAAAGGAAGUUCAAACAUCUCGUAGUGGAGACAUAAAACAGACAGCUGAAGAUCUGGAUGAAUUUAUGAACAAGGUUAGGAGAGGUGAACGGGUCUCGAAUGAUGAAAUCUUGAGCUUCGCGAAGCUUUUCAAUGAUGAACUUACUUUGGAUAAUAUGAGCAGACCACGCCUGGUAAAUAUGUGCAAAUAUAUGGGUAUCCGACCUUUUGGUACAGACAACUACUUGAGGUUCAUGCUUCGCAAAAAGCUGCAAGACAUUAAGAAUGAUGAUAAGAUGAUUCAAGCUGAGGGUGUUGAGUCUCUUUCUGAAGAGGAACUUCGUCAAGCCUGCCGGGAACGUGGUCUCCUAGGUUUGCUGUCAACCGAAGAGAUGCGACAACAGCUCCGAGACUGGUUGGAUCUCUCACUAAAUCAUUCUGUGCCAUCUUCACUUCUCAUACUUUCGAGAACUUUUACUGUAUCUGGUAAAGUGAAACCUGAGGAGGUUGUUGUAGCAACACUAUCUUCACUACCAGAUGAAGUUGUGGAUACAGUUGGGACAGUACUGCCAUCUGAAGAUUCUGUUUCAGAGAGGAGGAGAAAACUGGAAUUCCUUGAGAUGCAGGAAGAACUUAUCAAGGAGGAAGAGAAAAAGAAGAAGAAAGAAGAAAAAGCGAAACAAGAGAAAGAAGAGAAGGCAAAGCUCAAAGAACCAGAUGGUGCCUCUCAAGAUUUAGCGUUGAAAGAAAUGACUGAAGCUACUGCUAGGGAAGAAGAAGAACUGCAAAAGGCAAAACAGCAUGACAAGGAAAAACUCUGUAAUAUUAGCCGAGCAUUGGCGGUGCUCGCAUCUGCAUCUUCUGUAAGCAAGGAGCGUCAAGAGUUCCUGGGCCUUGUCAACAAGGAGAUAGAACUAUAUAACUCCAUGCUCGAGAAGGAGGGCACAGAGGGUGAAGAAGAAGCUAAGAGAGCAUACAUAGCUGCUAGGGAGGAGUCAGACCACCAGGCUGAGGCCGCUGCUGAAGAGAAAGUCUCAUCAGCACUGAUUGAGAAGGUUGAUGCUAUGCUUCAAGAAUUAGAAAAGGAGAUCGAUGAUGUGGACGCACAAAUAGGAAACCGUUGGCAACUUCUUGAUAGGGACCAUGAUGGCAAGGUGACCCCUGAAGAGGUGGCGGCAGCGGCAGCUUAUCUUAAGGACACAAUAGGAAAGGAAGGAGUCCAAGAGCUCAUCAGCAACCUUUCUAAAGAUAAAGAAGGAAAGAUCCUUGUCGAAGACAUUGUGAAGCUAGCAUCACAAACAGAGAACAAUGAAGAGGAAGAGGAAGCACGGCAGUAGCUGGUACAGGCGUCAAGCAUUUGGGAACAUCAAUCUUAUUUAGAUAGGUGGCGUAUUUAUACUAUCUCAUCGGGCAGAAAGUUCAAGAGAUCUGAGCUACUAAUUGCAGUGUGCAAUGUGCAAAUUGAAAAGCAUUGCAUCCAUUUUUUGUGCCUCUGGUCUGACUUCGAUAGGGUAACUUCCAAUUAGUAAGAUAGACUUGCUUUAAAGAUGUUGACAUGCGUAUGGUUGCAGUGCUGUGGUUCGGCAGGUAAAUCACAACCAAAAUCUCAACUGGUUGCUAUGGAAGUGGAAAUACAGAUCCGCUUAUGGAAGUGGAUCUACUUUAAAUUCUUAAGUAACAGUUCGUGGAUGUUCGGGUAAUGCAUGAUCCGUUUAUGGAUUAUGGUUUUAGCA